GACCACACACGUGCUGGACGUGGCAACGCACUCACAAUUCAAGAUCCCCUCAACGAAGCAGAGCUCCUGAUCGUCAUUGCCAUGUCGGACAAGCAGAAGACCGCUUUAAUCGCCGCCGCCGCCGUCACGGGCGUGACCGCCGGCUCGUACUUGCUGCGUGCGGCUAUGCGUCCCGUGCUGCGUGCUCGUGCUGCCACCUUCUUUAAGGGCAUGCUGGCGGACGCCGACAUCAUCAUCGACCGCGACAUCCGCGUGUACGACGAGGACAUCUUCCUUGACUGGGUGCACCGCGGUAUGCUGGCCAUUGGUGAGUCGUACAUGGCCAAGAAGUGGGACGCCAUCAUCCCGCUGGACGAGCUGCUCACGCGUCUGUCGUCGCUGCCCGCCGACAAGCGCCGCAAGAUUUUCAAGGCUUGGAACGCUAAGUUCAUCGCUUUGGGCGGCAAGAUCUUCAACUACCAGUCGCCUUCGCGCGCUGGUAUCGUCGGUGCUCACCACUACGAUCUGGGCAACGACUUCUUCAAGCUCUGGCUUGACCCGUACAUGCAGUACUCGUGCGCCUACUGGAAGGGCAUCGAGGACAAGCACGACUUGGAUGCUGCGCAGCGUAACAAGCUGCACCUGAUUGCCAAGAAGCUCAAGCUCGAGCCGGGUAUGCGCGUGCUGGAGAUCGGAUGUGGCUGGGGCGGUCUCGCCUGCUUCAUGGCUAAGGAGUACGGCGUGCACGUCACGGGCAUUACCAUCUCCAACGAGCAGCUUAAGGGCGCCCGCGAGUGGGCCAAGCGUGAGGGUGUGAGCGACCUCACCAGCUUCGAGUACUGCGACUACCGCAAGAUGCACGGCCAGUUCGACCGUGUCGUUUCCAUUGCCAUGAUUGAGGCUGUGGGCUACAAGAACCUGGGCGAGUACUACGAUGUCAUCAAGCGCUGUCUCAAGGACAAUGGUCUCGCUCUGGUGCACGGUAUUGCAGCCAACCGCUCCAUCGAGGUGCCGAUCCAGCUGUGGAUCCUCAAGUACAUCUUCCCCAACGGCUUCCUGCCGUCCGUGGCGCAGAUGGUCACCUUCUCGGAGCGCAGGCUGGUCGUUGAGGACAUCCAUAACUUGGGCCCGGACUACGACAAGACUCUGAUGUGCUGGUACGAGCGCUUCCAGGACCACCUCAAGAAGGGCAACGUUGACCGUCCGGAGGUGUUCUGCCGUAUGUGGGACUUCUACCUGCAGUACUGCGCCGCCGGCUUCCGCGCGCGUACCAUCCAGCUCGUGCAGAUCGUCUUCUCUAAGAAACGCCCGGACCGCUACGACGCCGUGAGAUAAACGGUUGCCGCGUUUAAUCGCCAGUAGUAGCAGCUCAUCACAGCUCGGCUUUGGCGGUUCAGGUUAUCGUUAUGGACAGCGAAACGUAGAACGAAAGCAUGGCUUUCCUGCGCAUAGGAUACAAUGUAGACAAAGAGAUUGACUGUAGGGAGGCAAACUCUGAAGAUAAUCAAGAGGAAGUCUACAGCUUUAGUAACUUGUGAUGAAUGACGCUCCACGCGUCUAAAAAGAGGCGUUAGUAUCAUCGGAGAUCUGUCAACUCACCAAUCCUCCCC